AUGGCAGGGCCGGCGCCGGAUCGGGCCGCCCUGACUGUGGGGCCGGGCAUGGACAUGCCGAUCAUGCACGACAGCGACCGGUACGAGCUCGUGCGCGACAUCGGCUCCGGCAACUUCGGCGUUGCCCGCCUCAUGCGCGACCGCCGCACCAGCGAACUCGUCGCCGUCAAGUACAUCGAGCGCGGCGAGAAGAUAGAUGAGAAUGUCCAGCGUGAGAUAAUUAACCAUAGAUCAUUGAAACACCCUAACAUUAUUAGGUUUAAAGAGGUUAUUUUAACACCGACCCACCUUGCUAUUGUCAUGGAAUAUGCCUCUGGUGGUGAGCUUUUUGAGAGAAUAUGUAAGAACGUGCGAUUCAGUGAAGAUGAGGCUCGCUACUUCUUCCAGCAGCUCAUUUCAGGAGUAAGCUACUGCCAUUCAAUGCAAGUAUGCCACCGUGAUCUGAAGCUGGAGAACACACUUCUAGAUGGGAGUGAUGCUCCUCGCUUGAAGAUAUGUGACUUCGGUUAUUCCAAGUCAUCUGUUCUUCAUUCCCAGCCGAAGUCCACCGUUGGAACACCUGCUUAUAUUGCACCUGAAGUUCUGUUGAAAAAAGAAUACGAUGGCAAGAUUGCUGAUGUUUGGUCAUGUGGUGUAACCCUCUAUGUAAUGGUUGUUGGUGCAUAUCCUUUUGAAGACCCAGAAGAGCCUAAGAACUUCCGCAAGACAAUUCAGCGCAUCUUGAACGUUCAGUAUGCAAUUCCAGACAACGUGAACAUAUCUCCAGAGUGCAGGCAUCUAAUUUCGAGGAUUUUUGUUGGAGAUCCUGCUAUGCGAAUAACAAUCCCUGAAAUCCGGAAUCAUAGUUGGUUCCUGAAGAACCUUCCUGCUGAUCUGAUGGAUGAUGAUAGCAUGAGCAACCAAUAUGAGGAGCCUGAUCAGCCAAUGCAGACCAUGGAUCAGAUCAUGCAGAUUUUGACAGAGGCCACCAUACCACCUGCCUGUUCUCGCAGUAUAAAUGUCCUAGCUGAUGGAUUGGACAUGGACGACGACAUGGAUGACCUUGACUCCGACUCAGAUCUUGAUGUUGACAGCAGCGGUGAGAUUGUGUACGCAAUGUGA